AUGGAUUCUUUCAAGCCGUCCGGUUUGGCACAGGACACGGAGCUGCAAUCUAUGGAUCGGCAUUCUUCUUCAGAUCAUGAUCCAAAGGCAGAGGCUAUAGACGACAAUGACAUGCAACGGAUGGGAAAGGCGCAGGAAUUUAAGAGAAACCUAAGACCUUUGGCGGCUUUGAGUUUUGCGUCAGUUUUGCAGGCAACGUGGGAGUUUAUUCUCAUCUCUAACUACGAAGGGUUAUACAAUGGAGGCUUGCCGGGUCUGUUUUACUCUUAUAUAUGGACCUUCAUUGGGUUCGGGUUCAUUAUUGCCUCGAUCUCGGAAAUGGCGUCAAUGGCACCAACAUCUGGCGGGCAGUACCACUGGGUUUCUGAGUGGUCCUCGCCUCGAUACCAAAAGUUCCUCAGUUAUGUUACAGGCUGGAUGUCAGUAUUAGCAUGGCAAGCUGGAGCAGCCUCUGGCUCAUUCCUCACUGGAACUAUUAUUCAGGGAUUAAUCAGCGUCCGAAACCCUGAUUAUGAACCCCAGAGUUGGCAGGGCACCCUACUCGUCUUUGCGAUGGUCUUAGUGAUCUUUAUCGUGAAUGUCUUCGCAUGCGAUAUAAUGCCCAUUCUAAACAACCUUUUGAUGAUUCUUCAUGUGCUCUCCUGGGCAGUCAUCAUCAUUGUUCUAUGGGCUAUGGCUCCUCACCAAUCCGCCGAAGCUGUCUUCGUUACAGAGUGGAGAAAUCUUGGAGGUUGGUCCACCAUGGGAUUAAGCGUGAUGAUCGGACAGAUAUCGGCUAUCUACGGCUCUCUGAGCUCUGAUGCAACUGCACAUAUGUCCGAAGAGGUGAAAGAUGCGGGUCGCAACGUACCUGUCGCUAUUGCCUGGGGUUACUUCAGUAACGGUCUUAUGGCUAUCGUCCUAAUCAUCACUCUGCUCUUCGCUAUGCCAUCAGUGGAAGAUGCCCUAGAUGAUCCUACAGGCUUUCCAUUCCUCUACGUCUUUCAACAGGCAACCUCAAUUGCAGGAGUGAACGGAUUGACGGCUAUUAUCCUUUUACCCGUUAUCUUCAGUAACAUCCUCUUCAACGCCUCUACGUCCCGACAAACCUUUGCUUUUGCCCGUGACAACGGCCUCCCAUUUUCCAAAUGGAUCGGCAAGGUCGACCAAAAGCGCAAGAUCCCCACCAAUGCCAUCGCUCUAUCCUGCAUAAUCAGCUGCGCGCUAUCCCUUAUCAACAUCGGAUCCGAGACUGCAUUCAACGCUAUUAUCUCUCUCAACGUGGCCGCCCUAAUGUACACCUACAUUAUCUCAAUCAGUUGCGUUAUCUACCGCAAGAUCUGGCAUCCUGAUACCCUCCCACCCCGUCGGUGGGACUUGGGGCGGUGGGGCCUAGCUAUCAAUAUUAUUGGACUGUUUUAUUGCUGUUUUGCGCUGUUCUGGUCCGUAUGGCCAGGCGAUGUCGAGGUCACAGCGGAAAGCUUUAACUGGAGUGUGGUUCUUUUCGUGGGAGUCUUCAUCAUCAGUCUCGGGAUGUAUGUUGUUAAGGGGAGGAAGGACUAUGUUGGUCCAUCAGUUGUUGUCCAGAAAAACAGGGGUUGA